AUGCCAGCUAUGGAGCCUAUGCGCGACGAGCGUCCAGCGUACGACAUGGCCGAACCUCGCAAGGUCAGCUACGAGCCGGCGGGCGAGGGGCUGAGGCAGCGCCGCUACGAGCCCGAGCCCGGAGACACGUUGACGACCGACACGGACAUUUACGCGGACCGAGGCGCCCAAACAGUGGAGCUGCACAUUCAGCGCAUCGGCAUUUACGGCUGGCGCAAGUACUGCCUUUACUGCUCGGUACUCUGGCUCGUCAUCCUCGCGCUCAUCAACUUUGGCCUCGUGCUCUGGCUGAUUGAUGCCUUUGAACUGAGCGACAACCGGGCUGGCCCCGUGGUGUUCCGAGAGCACCGCAUUCGCAUCGAGGGCGACGUUGAGUUUACGCAGGGGCUUGUUGCCCCCAAUCUGACAGCGCUCACGGGCACCACCAUGCAGCUGGAAAGCACCGAGGGUGUCAACCUACGAGCGGGCGACACAAGCAGCAGUGGCGGAGGAUCGACCGUGAGCCUGGGCACCGAUGCGGUGCAGGUAACCUCGGGCAGCUUGCGCGGUGCAUAUGGUGAUGAUAUCUAUCUGACUGCCAACGCCAGUCAGGUUACGCUUCGAGCCAACGAGGUCGUCGUGGAGAGCGCGUCGGGACUGCUGGUCUCGGGCACCCUGCAGACUGGCCGCUUGGAAAACGCGUACACGGCCAAUCAAGGCCUGACCGUCGAAUCGGUGGGACAAGAUCUCAGCGUGCAGGCCAAUCAGGAUGUGACCGUCAACAGUCAAACGGCCAGCGUGACUGUGUCAGCCUUUGACAGCAUUUCGUUGACGGCUGCCAACGAGCUCUCCCUCUCGGGGAACGCAAUAGUUAUGGAUAACCUACCGGUGCUGGCGGCUGAUGCAGGGGCAGCCGCCUUUCAGCUCUGCGCUUGUGCUUCGGGCCAGCUCUACCGCGUGGCAAGCGGUGCCGCUUGUGCUACGGGCGUGUCUCUUUGCUAA